UGCAUUUCAAAUGCAGUUUAAAUAAAUCUUCCGGCUGAGUGGCUUUACUUUUCUACUAGUGCCAUCGUCUUGCCGAUCAUCAUCUUUUGCCAAUUUUGUGUUCAAGUUCUUCUUCUUCUUCUUCCUUACUUGUUGGAUUCAGCAUGAACAGUCGCAGAGAGAGCUAACUAGAAAUCACGGAGAAGAAACACUUUAAUUGUAUGGAUGCGUUAUUGUGUGGAUAUUAUUGAAUUAAGGCAAGAUCCGAGCAAUUUACACUCUUAUUAUGUGAAGUUCGUGUGGCGUCAUGGAUUUCCAGUAUCCUUGGACAAUAAAGGUUCACCAUUUUAUGUGCCUAAAGCUUAAGAAAUUCAUAGACGACACUUCAAAUAUUUUCGCAAACAUGGAGUCUGCUCUACCCAAGUGUAAAUCAGGAAUAGAGGCUCUUUGCUCCUUACAAUCAUUAAUUGAGAGGGCCAAGUUGCUUAUUCUUUAUUGCUCCGAGUCCAGUAAACUCUAUCUGGCUGUUAUGGGGAAUAAGAUAAUGUUGAGAUGUGAGCGAUUACGGGAUUCUCUCCUCUCAUCUUUAAGCCAGAUGCAACAUAUGUACCCAUGUUCAUUGGCUAGACAGAUAGAAAGGAUUGUUCAGGAUCUUAGCGUCUCAACUUUCAUAGUAGAGUCAUCAGAGGAUGAGGCUGGAAAAGUUUUGUUAUCAUUAAUGAAGAGGGAUGUUGUAGCAUCAAGCUCCUUUAAUAUGCUCGAGUUUCAAUCUGUUCAAAUGGCAGCUAUAAGGCUACAGCUUACAUCUCCAGUCGAAGUCUUAAUAGAGAAAAGAUCUAUCAGAAAGCUGUUGGAGAAGAUCAAAGACUCAGACCUUCCAAAGAGGAAAAUACUCAAGUACCUCUUGUAUCUUAUGAGGAAGUAUGGGAAACUAAUUGGAAGAUUUCAAACGAUCAAUGAGGGAAGAGAAUUAGGAAAUCCAGAGAUGGAUCAAGUGCUAUGUGUAGAUGAGCCUCACAAGGAAUUCAAAUGCCCAAUCUCUGGCAAGCUAAUGUAUGAUCCGGUUCAAACAACCAAUGGGCAAACAUUUGAAAGAAUGUUGAUAGAGAAAUGGUUUGCUAAUGGUAAUGAAACAUGUCCGAAGACUAGUGUGAAACUGAGUGACUUUUCCCUUGUUCCAGAUUUAGCGAUUAAGGACGCUAUCUCUGUCUGGUGCGAGAAACACGGGAUUACAAUUUCUAAACCAUGUAUUCAACCAAAUUUUCAGGAAUUAUCGAGACAGGGUUCUUCUGUUGGCAGUCAUUUCAGUACUUUGGAUGGUUUGGGCCUUGAUGUCAGCAAUGUGUCGAUUCACUCUUCAGAUGCGGAUUCUGGAUGCGAUCUCUUAGAUAUCGAUCCCGAUGAUGGUCGAUCGAAUGUUGAAUUUCCUCGUAGGAAUAUAAAUAUUGACCAUGUGUUUGAUUUGGGAUUCCUCUCCAUACUAGGCACUUUCCCAUGGGUACUUCAAUGUAAGGAAGUUGAAGACUUAAAUGUCAAAGUAAAAGAUGGUCACAGAAAUAUUUCCAGCAUUUCUGUCAUUCACAUUGUGCAUCUAGUUAGGUUCUUAGAUGACGCUCAUGAUCUUCCAGACGUCAAAGCAGAAAAAGAUGGAAUAUCUCUGCUUUUGGCGUUGUUAAAAGCAACCGGAAAUGAAAUGGUUCAAUUGCCAGAAGAUGCAAUUUAUGUACUGUCAUCAAUGCUGGCCAAUGAAAUUACUGAAGAAGCUCUUGCAGUAAUGGAAAUAGUGUCGUCCCAAAAAUAUUCUGAACAUGCAAUAGUGGCGUCUGGAGUUCUUCUUGUGCUUCUAGGAGCUCUCGAAGAUCAUAGGCCUGAAUGCAAACUUCUUGCGUUGAAAACCAUGUCUCAUUUGUCAGAAAACAGCGCUAUUUCUCAUCACAUGGUAUAUUUGGACUACAUUGCAAGAGUAUCUUUACUUCUGGAUGAUGAUCACGAUUAUUAUUCCAUCAAAAUUUUGAGAAAUCUUUGCAAUAUUGAAGAAGCUAUAGCUAUGAUCGCUGAAAGUGAUGAUUGCAAUGCUGCAAUCACCCACCUUCUAGAUGUUGGAACAAAGGAACAACAGGAACUUGCAAUGGACCUUCUCCGUUCUUUAUGUUAUGAUUCCACAGAGCGAUGCCAGCAAGUUCUACGAGACAGUAUCAUCCGUUCUUUGACGAAUGUAUUUCUAGACGGGGAUCAUCACACUUUGAAGUUAGCUGCCAGGGAUUUGCUUCAGCUCUCGUGGAAUUAACAAUGAUGGUGUAUAGUUUUUUCUCUUAAAACUAGGGUUUAUUCGACCACGACUCCAAUUGAGUUUGGGGUGAAUAGGUUUGUUAUUAGUUAGUUACUUGGUUAUCAGGAAUUUCCUUGAACAAAGAAGAUGUAUUUAUUAGCAACCUAUAGCAUUACAGAUAUUAGUGGGAUUUGCCGUGGAAUUGAUUUUGAUCGUGCA